UUAACCAUCUUCCCUGUGGUAGAAAAGAGAUUUAGCCUCCAGACACUCUUUCGAUUAAAUGGCCUACAUAUCAAUUCUUUGGUAGAUAUUUUGACUUGAGAUUAUCAAUAAAGAAUUGCCUCAACAUCAUUAUGAAAUCAGGGAUUUUGUCGCUCUUUCCAUACUUCUCAGCGAUCAACUUUCCAUAAAUGUUCUGCCUCUUGGUCAAAACAGACGAUAUAUGUCUUGGCUCGAAUUUAAGCGAAUCUUUUAAGACCGAAAAUCUAUUUUUUGACUCCUCUUCUAGUGAGCUCAAGAAUUUCUUCAAGGAUUCUUGAUGUUCCUCUUUUAACACUUCUCCUUCCAGAAUAUUCCGAGCUUCCUCUAUGCAAUCCUUGUACAUUCUAGAAGUCUUUCUUCUGGAAUCUUCUUUUCUCCUCUGAUUAUGCUUCUAGGUCUUCUUUAAAAAUAAAUUUAUUGUUUCUUUUCUCUGAGCUUCUAUGUUAAGAACCUUCAUUGGGACAUUAUAUUUCCCAGAUAGCUCAUGCUCAAGCUCAACUUGCUUUCUAAUAGCUAUCUCGAUGCAGUUAAAACACAGCAAGAGAACAUCAUGGCUUCUAUGAGAUUUGCACUUCUCUAGGGAAAAGAUUCUGAACUUUCAGGAAUGGUUUGAUAAUUUACAUAAUUCUUACCACUUCCUCAGGCAACACAGAUAUUGUUUCUUUCCUCAACAUAAAACUUGUCAUCAUCAAUUUUCUUAGUACCUCUUCCGCUUAGUUCAAAAUUAAGCUUAAUUAUGGAUGGCUCAUGACUAAUUUUUUCAGCAAGAUCUCUGUUUAAAUACUACUCAACUUUCUUCUUAUCACAUUUGCACAAAAUUUAGCUGCCUAGGACAAGGAUCAUACAGUUCUCAUGGAUAAGUUUCUUGAGGACGGACUUCUUUAUAAAUCUUUACCUUCUUUCUUGCCUAUCAAUCUUCUUUUUGCCUAACUGUUACAUUCAAAAUGAGCUCCUUAGCCAACUCUUCAUGAUUUUUAUUACUGUCCUAUCAUCGAGAUGUUCUUCAAGGAUUUCUGUAAUUGUAAUUUCUGAAGUAGUUCUGAGAUAUUCGAUCUAUAUUAAACAAUCAGAGCUCCACUAAACACCAAUUAAAAAAAUCUUCAUAAUACUUCAA